AUGACAUCGCGCUCGGCGCUCACCGUUUCAGUUCCUCGAAUCGAGUGCUCUGAGCGGGUCACCGACCUCAAGAAGCGCGUCAGACAAGCUGCGCUGCGAGCACGGUUCGAGCGGGUGGAAGUCCAUGCUUUCGGCUCGUCGGUGAACGGCUUUGGAGACGAGACUUCAGACAUUGACCUUGUGCUGGAUGUGCCGGAGGAAAUCCUUGAACAAAUAGUUCCGUGGAGCUACUUGCGUGACCUGGUCCCUGCGACGCUGGACUAUUUGUCUGACUACCUCGUGCAGGAGGGUUUCCAAGUGCGCGAGAAAGUUCUGUCCGCCAAGGUUCCCAUUCUAAAGCUCACCAUAGAUGGUGUCGAGUGCGAUCUCUCGUGCAAUAACUUGCUUCCAGUCUUCAACACGAAGCUCUUGAGCCUCUAUGCAGAGAAGGACCCUCGAGUUGUGGAGAUGGCCAGACGGGUGAAGACCUGGGCCAAGAAGGAGGGCGUGCAUGGUGCCACCAACGGGCAUCUCUCUUCCUAUACCUUCAAUUUGAUGGUGAUCUUCUACAUGCAGCAGAAGGGUGGUCUGCCGUGCCUCCAGACGAAUGCGGACAAUCACCCACAGUGGUACGGCGAGCGCAGCGGGCGGAAAGCCUGGAACGUCUUCAUCGAUGAAGCACCCAGGGCAGAGACCGAACUGCAGCAGCACCGGGAUGCGGCGACUCUGAGACGCUUCGCUCAGUUCCUAACUGAUGACAAGGACUUCAGCUGGGGACGUGAUGUAAUCUCCAUUCGGCAGGGCAAGGUGUUGCCCAUUGACAGCAUGUGCUUCAGGGAGCUGAACAGAAGAUUGCGAGACUGGGACGACAACCUCUUGCACAUCGAGGACCCUUUCGACAUCUCUCGGAACCUGUCCUGCGUGUUUUCUCCAGGAUCCAACAGGAGGCUUUGGAAUGCUGUGAGACGGCUGGCAAAAGAGCCCGGCGCUGCAACACUUGUGUCUUACCCGGCCGGCCACUUUCAAUCUGAACCUUCGAGAGUGGCUGGAAACUCCAUGGCGUUCCAGGGCCCAACGAAAGCUGGACGCAGAGAGGAUCCUGCCGAGACCGAGACAUCGCCGCCAGCAAAUUUCUUCCUCAUGCGCAAUCACACCGACGACCCGGCUUCAACAGCCAGGUACCCGGCGCCAAGCGGACCUGCCCAACCUGCUGCGUUCGCACCCGAGAAUGUGAAUCCAGGCACCUUCUCAAGUGCGUUGAUGUGGUUGGAUGAGGGCCUGAGACAAAAGGAGGAGGAAGAGGGGACAGGCGAGCGACCUGUGGCGGUCGACAGGCAGUCAGAAGUCAGGUCCAUGGCUCGCCCACUACUGCCGAUCCUGCGCCGGGGCGCCCCGGCAGAGCGUGUUCUUUCCAGGGAGACCGCCGCUCAACCUGAGGCAGUGGCGGCAGUCGCUGGAGGUGCACCUAGCGGCCUCACGCUGCCACUGCGAAAGAGAUCGGUGAAUUUUACAGAGAGUGCGCCCAUUGCGGCUCCUGCCUGUAGCCCGCGAGUCGUGGGUAGCAGUUCCGCUGCCGAGUCUCGAAGCUCUCAGCCUUUCAUUGCGCUGACCAUUGCACCCUCGCCCACGGACUCUGCAUCCAAACCUUGCACCACAACUGCCGCUUCCAUCCUGGAGACGCCAACAGCACCGUAUGUGGCACUUUCAGUCGAACCUUCUCCGACAGCGUUUGAGAGUCCUGAGUCCAACUGGCCGGAGGAGAUCGCUUCUGGAUUCUGGAAGAGUCCGUCCUACGUCGCCAUCCAGGUUGGUGGCAGCCCCAGAUGUGCUCCGGAGGGCUUGCAAGAGUACCGCAGUGCUGACACGGACACUUUGGGUGCUGUCCCGGAGGCUAUGCCUCGCGGUGAGCUUCAGCGUCUUUACUGGGCUGCAGCUGACAUUCUGGAAGCUGAUGCUCAUUUUGAGACAAGCGGCAGUAUGGAUCCAGACUGGCAAGUGACUGUGGCUGACACCAUGGCGGGUGGCCCUGAAGUUUCUGAUGCUGGUCUGCCACCUCUGCCAGUGUGGCAGGUCUGCAGCAUCGAGCUUCGAGGUAUCCGCUUCAGAGGUCUUUGCGCGCUGCUUGUGCGGCUUGCUCCCAUUGGCUUGUGCCGUCAGCUGACAUCAUCCUGGGACGGACUGGCUUGUGCCGUCCUCGGGCUCUGCGGUGGACUUGGUCUUGACUUUGUGGUGGCCUCGUCUGGCUACUUUGUGGUGCCUGCCGGCCCGGGCUUGUGCGCUUUGGCUGCAUUUCAAUGGGCGCGCCUGUCAGGACUGCUUUUUGCUGUCGCCAGCGCGCCUGGAGCUGUGGAUGAGGGCCGUCUCAAAGCUGCGCAGUUGCCCUUUGAAGCUGGCACUAUUGUGAUUGCUGAGUUGCGCAGCUCUGUUGCUGGCGAGGAGAGAUCGAGCCGCAUGGCGGCCAUGCGUGCCAAGCUGGGUGCCUGGCCAAGCUCAGAUCAAGGUCGAUGUGAGUAA